CUUGCGCCCAUUUCAGGUUCACUGCGUCCACCUGGUCUAAUUGGUGGCUCCAAGCCAAAAGUUGCUACACCAACAGUUGUCUCAAAGAUCGAACAGUAUAAGCGCGAGAAUCCAACAAUAUUCGCAUGGGAAAUACGUGAACGGUUGAUAUCGGAAGCCGUUUGCACAAAUACCACUGCCCCAUCGGUCUCUUCCAUCAAUCGUAUACUGCGCAAUCGCGCUGCCGAGCGUGUGGCUAGUGAAUUUGCUCGCACCGCUGCCUAUAGCCUCUAUCCACCACAUCCUUAUGGCGGCUUCACUUGGCAUCCCUCGGCUGCGGCGGCUGCGGCAGCAGCGAACGCCCCAACAGCUGCACAUUUUUGGCCCACACAAGCGACAGGGCCAACGCUUACUACGCUCCCACCAUCCGGUGGUGGCGGCAGUGGUGGUGGGUGUGGUAGUAGUGCUGGCAGCGCUGCAGCUAGUGGUCUGCUAACAAGCAAUAAUCGUGCAAUAUCGCCCGGAUCAGGUAGUCGUGACACUCUAGAAUCGCCGGAUGAUAGUCGGCAUGUGGAUUCAGAUUACUUGGAUGAUGAUGAUGAGCCAAAAUUUCGCCGCAAUCGCACUACGUUUAGUCCGGAGCAAUUGGAAGAGCUGGAGAAGGAGUUCGAUAAGAGUCAUUAUCCUUGCGUGAGCACGCGCGAGCGCUUGUCUAGCCGAACGUCGUUGAGUGAGGCGCGAGUGCAAGUUUGGUUUUCCAACAGAAGGGCGAAGUGGCGCCGCCAUCAGCGCAUGAAUCUACUGAAGCAGCGCUCCAGCCCCUCCGGCCAUCCACACGUUCCGCAUUCACAGCCGUCGCCCGAAAGCAACAACAACAACAACAACAGCUACAGCAGCAACAACAACAGCCUCAAUCACAGUCACAGCCACAGCCAUGUAUCAUCAGCGACAAUGGGCGUGGCCGCUUCACCGACCUCCAGUUGUCACAGCAACAGCAACGCCUCUACCUGUGCGGCCAACGACCAACAAUCAGGGCAUCACCAUUACUCGAUUGGCGGCAGUCACAUGGCGGCGACAGCAGCAAGUUCUCAAGGGAGCGAAUUGGAAUUUCGACCGCUCGGACACCAUUUCACGCACCAUGCUGCUCAUCCGGCGAACAGUACUGCUGCGACAAUGUUGCUCAAUCAUUACAGCCAACAACAGCAGCACCACCACCAACAACAACAACAGAAGCAGCAACAAUUGGCCGCCAAGGCGCAUUAUACGGCGACAGGCGGUCAGCUGCAACACGCAGCGGCGGAGGUGAACAUGGAGACAGCGGCAGCUGCGGCGGCGGCGGCGGCACAGCAACAGCAUCCGCAGCACUUAGCCGCCACGCUAGCGGCCAGUAUAGCGACAUCACAACAACAACAGCAGCAUCAGCAACAGCAACAGCAACAACACAGCCCAUCGCCCACAGCAUCAGCGCCAUUAUCCAUGGGCGGUGAGCAUAGCGCCUUCCGCUCGCUAGUUGGUUCGCCCUCUGCGGCGGCAUUUGCGCACUUAGUGCGGCAAUAUGCAGUGGCGGCGACAUUAUCGGCAAAUGUCGCUAGCAUGGGUGGCGCGACGGAUGAACUCAAGCAGCAUCAACAACAACAACAACAACAACAACAGCUGGUGACUGUGGAUGAUUCCUCUGAGGAUUCGGAAGAAGAGAUCAAUGUGCAUGACGAUUCUGAAGAUGAAGUGGAAGUACUGCGACGUACGACGCGCGGCGGUGCUGUCCAGCAAAAUGUUGGCUACAGCGGCAAUAAUAACAACAAUAAUGGCAAUAGCGCAAGUGCCGCUGACAACAACAAUCUAGGUAACGAAAUGUUAUCGCUAAGCGGCAAAGCGCCUUUACAGCUUACCAAGCAUGACCGUUGAGCGGCCGUUUUGAAACGCAUAGCGGCGAGUAGCAUUCUACAAAUUUAUGAAUAUGUAUGAGUGUACAUAAUCGCGUGAAGCAGGGCGUUACGCGCACGGAUUGCAUUUCAACUAAAUUUGACAAACCUGACUCGAGGCGCGCUUGUGAUUGACAUCGGUCCGUCCGUAACUUAGUUGUAGCUGGCGCAUGCGCAAUGCACGAAGCGUGAGCGUAACUACAUACUGGCCCCGUAUAUGUAAGUAUGCCGCGCAGCUAGAAACGUCUGUGUUUGAGACAAGUCGCCGCCGCCGCUGCUGUCGUUCGCGCGCUAGUCGUGUCUCGUCGAUUAAUUAUGAAAGAAACUUGAAACUUGGCGGGCAACAACAGAUACUUUGUACUUAGCGCUGCAAUGGUAAGCCAAACAAAACUAAAUAAAAUAAAAAAUAACUAUUCAAAUGAGCUUGUUCGCUUAGCAAAAUUACUACACCAGCAAAAAAAUAAAUACAUAAUUUUAAACCAAAGUAAUUAACAAAAUCGUAUAAUACUACAGUAGCGACAACGAGCGUGCGCUUGCUAUUUAACAUAAACAAACAACAACAACAACUUUGAAAUACUACACAAACUUGCGAUCGUUGUUAUUGUUGCACUCGCUGGCUGGGCAUAUAUAAGUGUACGAGUAUAUAUAUAUAUAUAUAUAUAUAGAUGUACAUACAUAAAUACAGUAG